AAUAUCGCGGAAGAAUUAUUGUUUGUCCCCGUUGUCUGGAUACCGAAUCGAUUUUACACCAUUGCAAGCAUCGGCUUUAUACUUCAGCUAUGCUAAGGCUCUAAAAAUAAAAAAAAGUGGAUAACGUUUGAAAAUUCUAUUUUCAAAUGUUUAAAAGUUAACAGGUGUUUAGGAGAAUCUCAUAAUGGCUUCGAUUUUGCCCGCUGGUCUGCGAAAUGGGGUAAAAGGCCUCGACGCCAACCGCUAUGCCACCAAGAAGACCGUGGCACAAGGUAUGCUGGACAUCGCGCUACUCACGUCUAAUGCUUCGCAGCUGAAGUACGUGCUCCAAGUUGGCCCUAAGCAUGAGUUCUACACGUUGUUGGUCGUUCUCAUAUCUGUUUCUAUAGUGCUGCAGGUAGCAAUGGGGAUGGUGCUGCUGUCUCUAAACCUGCUCCGCGACUGUCGUUUCCACGAGGCUCGGCACCGCGUCUCAGCCCAGCGCGUCAACUACGCUACCACGGCCUCUGCCUUUGUGAUCACCGUCCUCAAUGUGCUUGUGUCUGCCUUUGACUCUUCGCUCGCAAGAUACUUGGAGAUAGAUUAUGUGGUUUAGGCUCUCAUGCGACGCCACAUUUUUGCAUUGCUUAUACAUAUCGAGAAGUGAUGCAGUACAAGUGUAGAUAUAUGAGUUUUAAAAACAUAAUUGGGGAAAAAAUAAUUUGUACAAAACUGUUUCCUUCCAUUUAUUUUUUUUGGGUAAACUCUGUUCCCCAGACCUUAAAGCCGACCGAACUUCUCUCGCAAAUCGAUUUAAAAGAUCAGGCCCUAGGUCCUAUACAGCAGCAUAUUUAUUUUUUAAAUAAUUUAUGUUACUUAUAACAGUAUAAACUAUGAAAACGAUUAUAAUUUUAACACCAAGGUCAGAUUUGAUUCUUAAUUAGGUAUAAAAUCAACGGCGCAAAUCGAUUUCUUUGUAUAUGUAGAGCGAGCGGGAACUUGGCUUAUUUCUCAGGCAGUUACGAUUUAAAAAACUUAAACUAGCUGAAUGUUUG